AUGGAGGUGUUCGCAGCCGCCGCCGCGCCGCUGUCGCUCUCCAACGCCAGCGCUGCCUCUAGAUUGCCGAGCUCCAACCGAAGGAGAAGGAGGACCGCCCGCAAAGCACCGAGGAAGAACCUGGCUACAAAAGCCUCUCGCAAGAGUGCGCCCUCUACUGGAGGGGUGAAGAAACCUCAUCGUUACAGGCCUGGUACCGUGGCACUCCGUGAAAUUAGACGUUAUCAGAAGUCCACUGAACUUCUGAUUCGCAAACUUCCCUUCCAGCGUCUGGUGCGGGGAAUUGCUCAGGACUUCAAAACAGAUCUGCGCUUCCAGAGUGCAGCUCUUGGUGCUUUGCAGGCGGCAAGUAAGGCCUGUCUGGCCUUUUUGAAGACACCAACCUGUGUGCUAUCCAUGCCAAAAGUGUAA